AUUCCCAGUAAAAAUAAAACCUAUCCCAUUGGUUGUGCUCAAAGUGGGAGUCAAAGAGGAAGUUGCUAUAAAAGCCGGGAGUCUGAUCUGGAAAACACAGCCAAGCUCAGACCUCAGGUCGGUUACCAGAGGAUCUGCUUCUGGUUGCCCUGAACCAGGCUACAGCUUCCGUGGGAUCCCUGCUGGGAACACUGAAAGUCUCCAGAAUGGCAGCAUUGACUCUUUCCAGAGUCGGAGUCAAGACUGUGGCAGCUGUGAUAGGAGGAGUCGUGUCCGUGGCGUCUGUGCCCACCGUGCUGGGCGCCGUGGGCUUCACUGGGGCCGGAAUCGCUGCCUCCUCGCUAGCAGCCAAGAUGAUGUCCUCUGCUGCCAUCGCCAACGGGGGUGGCAUCGCCGCUGGCAGCCUGGUGGCAACACUGCAGUCCGUGGGAGCAGCAGGACUCUCGCUGUCAACCAAGAUCAUCCUGGGCUCCCUGGGCUCUGUGUUCACGUUCCUGAGCUUCUAAGAGUUUCCCUCCUCUCUGCCUGCAAAGAAGAGGACGGCCCUCCUCAGCUCCUCCCCACCCCUCCCCGCCCCUCACCCCCCCCCCAUGCAGGGAGGGACCAGUCCCUGGCUGACAAGUGUGUCCUGAGGAAAAUAAGCAAUAAAAAUUGUAGUUGCAGCCCA